CGUGCGCGGCCAGGCUGCUCGGUGACUGGCGGGCGGAGGGCGACCUGCGAGCGGCGGAGACCCCGGCCCUCCCUGCCCGCCAUGGCCAAGCGGCUGCGGAGCAGCGACGUCUGCGCGGAUUGCAGCGCCGCGGAGCCGAGCUGGGCCUCCGUCAACCGCGGCGUCCUGCUGUGCGAUGAGUGCUGCAGCGUCCACCGCAGCCUCGGCCGCCACAUCUCCCAGGUGCGGCACCUGAAGCACACGCCCUGGCCCGCCACGCUGCUGCAGAUGGUGGAAACCUUAUACAAUAAUGGCGCUAAUUCCAUCUGGGAGCAUUCGCUGCUGGACCCGGCCUCGGUCAUGAGCGGACGGCGCAAAGCAAACCCUCAGGACAAAGUGCACCCCAACAAGGCGGAAUUCAUUCGGGCAAAAUAUCAGAUGCUGGCCUUCGUUCAUCGCUUGCCGUGCCGGGACGACGACAGUGUGACCGCCAAAGACCUCAGCAAGCAACUCCACUCCAGCGUCAGGACGGGCAACCUGGAGACCUGCUUGAGGCUUCUCUCGCUGGGAGCGCAGGCCAACUUCUUCCACCCGGAGAAAGGGAACACCCCGCUUCACGUUGCGGCCAAAACGGGGCAGAUUUUGCAAGCUGAGUUGUUGGCUGUGUAUGGAGCUGAUCCUGGCACCCCAGACUCCUGCGGGAAGACGCCAGUGGAUUAUGCAAGGCAAGGAGGCCACCAUGAGCUGGCCGAGCGCCUGGUGGAAAUACAGUAUGAGCUCACUGACCGGCUGGCUUUCUAUCUCUGUGGCAGAAAACCAGAUCACAAAGGCAGGCAGCAUUUCAUUAUACCUCAGAUGGCAGACAGCAGCUUAGAUGUUUCGGCAUUGGCCAAAGCAGCCAAGAAGAAGCUCCAGUUGCUGAACAAUCACCUGUUCGAAGAGCUGGCCAUGGACGUCUACGACGAGGUGGACAGGCGGGAGACAGAUGCAGUGUGGCUUGCGACCCAGAACCACAGCACCCUGGUCACCGAGACAACUGUGGUCCCUUUCCUUCCUGUCAACCCGGAGUAUUCCUCAACCAGGAACCAGGGGAGGCAGAAGCUGGCCCGCUUCAAUGCCCAUGAGUUUGCCACGCUCGUCAUUGACAUCCUGGGGGAUGCCAAGCGAAGGCAGCAGGGAAACCCUGUUCCAAGUGCCACAGAAAACGUGGAGCUGAUCCUCAAGGCAGUCAACAGCCAGCACAGCCCAGGAGGUCACGAGGCCGACCAGCCUGACUACGACAGUGUUGCCUCUGACGAAGAAGGCGACCUGGAAGGCAGUUCAGGGAAGGCCUCUCGGCAGAAGAGCCUGGAUUCCGACCUGUCUGACGGCCCCAUCACUGCCCAGGAAUACCUGCAGGUGAAAAACGCCCUGGUGGCUUCGGAGGCGAAAAUCCAGCAGCUUUUGAAGGUGAACGUCAACUUGAGCGAUGAGCUGAGGACCAUGCAGAAGAAGCUUCAGAGCCUGCAGAGCGAAAACACGAGCCUCCGACGGCAGGCCACCACCAACACCCACCCAGCUCCGGGGGGCUCCGAGUACGCAGACGUGCCCUCUGUUCGGCGCCCCUCCUUGCGCAGCAGCCGGCCCAUGUCGAUGUACGAGACGGGGUCCGCUCAGAAGCCCUACCUGCCACUAACCGAAGCCUCUUACCCCGAGGAGCGCAUCGCUCCCCGGCUCCAGCUCUUCCAUAUGUCCCGGCUGGAGAAACAGAGCAGCUUGCCCGAGGGGGAUUACGACAACACCGGCCCUGCUCUGGAGCUGGACGAGACGGGGCUCAUCAGGAAGGCGAGGCAGCGCAGCGGCCUUGGGCCAGAGGGCAAGGACCUUGAGGCCCACCCCAGCCCCCCCAGCUUCCCCAGCACCGAGGACGUGAUUCGGAAGACGGAGCAGAUCACCAAGAACAUCCAGGAGCUGCUGAGGGCGGCUCAGGAGAGCAAGCACGAGAGCUACGUUCCCUGCUCGGAGAGGAUCCAUCUGGCCGUCACGGAGAUGGCAGCUCUCUUUCCAAAAAAGCCGCCGUCAGAGCUGGUGCGCACCCCGCUGCGGCUGCUGACCUCCAGCGCCUUCCGGCUGCACUCAGAGUGCGCGAAGGCCCUCCCGCCCGAGUCUUGCUCCACAGCUGACGUCCAGCUGGUCACCCAGCAGGUCAUCCAGUGCGCCUACGACAUUGCCAAGGCUGCCAAGCAGCUGGUCACCAUCACCACCAAAGAGAAUGCCAACUGAGCGGGCUCCGGCGCAGCCUUUGCGGUCACGCUGGAAACGGCUCAGGUUUUCAGGGGAAGCUCUUUUUUACAGGAAUAUUUAAAGCGGUGCGUUGCCAUUUUUUUUAAAGGAAACUCAGUAUUAAAUUUUUUGCAUGUUGUUUUUCUAAGAAGACUUUUUCCCAGGAUUGCCAAAAUCCACUGCCUUAUUUGGUGCUCCGUAUUUGCCGGCAUUGAGUGCUCGCGCUGGAAGCCUUCUUGAGUCAACCAUCACAUCACCAGCUUACAGGACUUUUUUGCUGUUGGGAGGAGGGGAGUUUGAAUCCUGCACCCGUUGUGAACUCGGACGCCCAGAGCAGAAUUCAGGGACCUGCCCUGUAAUCCUGCUGUGCAGUUGCUUGGCACCAUUGAACCACUAGAGAGCGACCUCUCGAGAUACAGGGAAUGGUCAAAAGGACACCCCACUUUCCAGCUUGGUCCGCCUGGGGCCACCCAGCCACAGGAGCAGUGGCUCCACUUGGAAGGAGAAGGAGCAGCCUCCCUCCCUCCGCCGGGGCCAAGGGGCAGCCCCUCCGCUCCAGAGGCCAACAUCUGAGGAAGAGGGAGGCAGGUUUCUCCCUCCUCCCCGCACGGUUGGCUCCUCAUGCUGGGUUUUCUGGAAAGUGCUUUUGCAAAAUAACUAUGCCUUGGGAGGCCUCGUGCCUUCCCCAAUAUGGAAAGCUCUCGUUAUCUGCUCUUUUGUCUUUUUAUUUUCUUUGGGAAUUCCCUGCCUUUACCGAUACGGACGCAUGAGGGUCUUUUCUAGAGUGCAUGCAGAAGGCCUGGCCAGGAAAGGGGACCCUGUGCAGGAUGGGUGGCCAAGCCUGGUCAGCUGAGUGCCCAGCCACCCCACUGGCAGUUGGGAGUGUGUGAGGGAGGGGGAGUGUUCAGGCUGCCCCUUGUGCUGGCUUCCCCUCCUGCAGGCACUGCGCCUCUGUCGCCCCAUCCCCGUCUGUUACAGCCCAGGAGGCCUCUGUGUGAAGUAUGAAGAAAGCACACGGCCAAGGCACAAUGGCCAGUCAAUGCAAAAAACAUUUUUGGGGGAGAAAGGAAAGGGUUUGGAAGGUCUGGGGUAGCUUCCCCAUUGGUCAUCCCCAGUCGGUGUGAUUUGGAAGCUUCCAGGCAGAUGCAGAUGCUCGACCAAGAAUGAGAUGACAACAGGUGAGCAGCCAACAGGCUGAGGUUCCCCAUCCAUUUCAUGGGCUGAGCUGCCGCUACCCCUUAGGACUCGCCUGCAGCCAGAGUCCCGGGCCUGGCUUGCUCAGGACCCCCUGCAAGAAUGGGGGCACCAGCUGCUUUGCGGCUGUAGAGACAGACUCCCCACCUCCAUUUUAAAGCCACAACUAAGUGAAGACUCUGUGGUGUGUAUGUGUGUGUGUAUAAAAUAUCCUGCUAGUGUGUGCAUAUGUAAAUCUUACAUGUAUAAAAACCAAGUGCCAUAA